AUAGCGUACUCAUUUUAGUAGUUCAGGUUUUUUCCAUUUAUAUCUCAACUCUCAAAGAAUAUUCUGGAAAACUCUUCUCGCAUGGAUAAGUUAAUGGUCACUUAUGUUGUGUAAUUAUUUGAUCCGCAGAUUUGACAGUUUCAAACUUGACCUUUUCAUAUUCCAGUUUGUGGCAUAUCAUAUACUUGGUAUUCCAAUUCAUAGCCGUGUGUUCAAUGUUGCAGUAAACUGUGAAGAAAUGACGAAACAAAACAUAUUUCUAUCAGGUGUUUCCAAAUAGGGUAGAUCCGAUUUUUUUGACAAAAAAAGCCAAAACGGAGUUGGGUACUCCGAAAUUGAAAAGUGCCCAAAAUCAGCUUUCUUAUUUUCGGAUUUCUCAACUCCGAAAACAGAGUGGUCAGCUUUCUCUAUUUCGGAUUUGGCAGCUCCGAAUCCAGAGGAUGAGAUUUCCGGCUUCGUGAUUGGUUGGCUACAAAUCGGAGGAUAGUUUUGUGUUUAUAAAUUGACCUUCCCUACCUCCAUUCUCCCAUACCUUCAACUGAGUCCUCCUUCGACCCUCCUCUCAACCCCUCUAUUGAAAGCGAUGGUGUGUGUGCAUCUAUGCCGUGGCCCAUACAUGAUGAGCCGUCGUGGAUCUAUUUUGUCCAAAUAGUUUCGAGCGUAUAUGAUCGUUUGGAGGUAUUCAUUGAUGCAACCAAUAGGGAUGUGGUUAUUCCAUUGCAUGAAGGCCCUUCUAGGCAGCGGCGCAACCCGGUUCCAUCUACAUUAAAUCAAGGUCCUUCAAUGGUUCAUAUGGAUCCCUCACAUGAGGCCGUGGAGGAUGAAGAUGACCCUGACUACAACAAUCUGUCAUUUUCGGAAGAGGAGAGCGCUUCUGAUGAUAGUGAUGAUAGUCAUGACUCGUCUUGGGCUGUGCCACACAACCAAGAGGAUCCGUUUGUUGAACCCGCCUACCGUGUGGAAGAUCCAAUACAUGUGGGAAGGAUAUAUGCUUCGUUUGACGAACUCAAUCAUGUUGAUUAUCUUGUUCCUGAGGUAUACAAACUGAGUUCUUACAUAAAUGCACAUUCCAGUGAUAUCAUGCCAUUUCUAAAUAUGAAUGAGUGACCACAAAAUGAGUUCAUUCUUCUACCGCCCAAGUACUCUUCCAGAACUUCUCGAGCUGGGCGCCGUCAAGAAACAAGAUUUCCAAAUGAGAUGGAUAUGCGUCCAAGACGGAGAAGACAACAUGAUUGAUUUGUACGUGUUUGUACUCUUAUAAGGUAAUCCUUUUUUGUACUUUGUUUUAAUGUUGUAAAAUAUUUAUUAGCCAUAUGUUUUAUAUGUACCUUUAAUAUGACUUAUUGUGCAAUGAACUUUGUUUAAUUUUGAAUUCGUAUGACUUUAUGGGUCACUUAUAAA